UGACACGGUAAUGGGGUAGGGGGGUGUUUGGUUAAAUAUAUUCCUUGUGAAAGUUAUCCUUGAGGUGUCGAGGCAAACGGACACGAGAGGCGGUAGUGGAGCAGUGAGCGCAGUGGGUCAAGAGCGGGAAGUAAGGUCACGGGCACUGCUUGAGGAAGGGACAAAGGUCAUACAUCACAUCCCAUCUUUACCCAUCACUCUUCAUGGGGGAAUAGUAUUCACAGGCACUGCUUGAGGAAGGGACAAAGGUCAUACAUCACAUCCCAUCUUUACCCAUCACUCUUCAUGGGGGAAUAGGUCCAGGACACACAUAACACACUACACUGCAUCCACACACUUGUCCAGAACAACACUAGAUUCUCCUCACCACUUCACGCAACACCUGACACUAACACCCCAUUGAAACAGACUGAUUUAAAAUGGAACAAAUAGGACUUGAAGACUCUUACAAUGGAAAAAAGCAUUCUAAGAAAACACUGAGGAAGGCAAGACAAGUUUUUGGACUGGGAAAGGCGUGCCCGUUGUCAGGAACGUAUAUCAUGAGUCCUGACAAGGCAUCCUCACCCGGCAGUGAGGUAAAAACUUCUUUGUCACAGUCAAGGGGCAGUGUGUGGUACCCUGAUGCACCCAAGAGGCUACCAUGCAAACAUACCCAUCCGUGUGAGGUGCAUCAUCACAACACACUUCAUGUAGAGAAAUCUAUGCAAACCAAAGCAAUCUUGGAUGCUGCCCAGUUGUGUAACUUGAAUGAUUUUGAUACAUUCCCUCCUUUAGGCACUCAGGUACAAAUUUUUAAGUCAGAGAAGAAAAUGUCAAGUCAGAAUUUAUAUCCUCCCAUAGAAAAGAAUGGGAAUAAAACACCUUGGGAUCUUUAUACUUCCUCUGUCAAAGGAGUAAUUACUUCUGACAAAAAACAACAUUCCAAUAGUGUACUAGAACCUAUCUGUGGUAAACAUGAUUCUUCAGGUAGCUCCGAGUGUACAGAACCCAAUAGCUCAGCUGAAAAGUGUUCAGCCUCCCCCUCUAAAUGUACGAUCAUUUCAUAUUUAAAAAUGUUUCUGGAAAACCAAGAACUUCAGUCAUUAUCUCUAGCAGAUAAUUCAGCAGACUCCAAGUGUCUAUCUACAGAUAACUCACUGACAGAACAAGACACUGGAUAUGAGAGAAGAACUUCUAUGAGUGAGGAAAAGCAGAUGGCUGAAAAUGACAAAGUUUGUGAGGAAAUGUUAGAUCACUACAUUGUUCUCAGCAACUUGCCGUAUAAUAUUACUAGAAAAGAUGUUUUGCAUCAUGUAAGUAAAGUUGGAUUCGUCAGUCAUUUAUUCAUGGAUGGAAAGACAGCACAUGUAAUUUUUCUUAAAGCUGAAGAUGCUGAGAGAGCAUUUGGCUUAAGGCAUAACAUUUGUGGAAGAGAGCUUGUGAUUUAUCGCCCCAAGCGUCCCACAUGCACCUUAUACUUGAGUGGGCUAACCAGGAACACCCCAGAUGAGGAGGUCAUAAAAAUGGUGUCAAAAUUUGGUGUGAUUGUUGGCUUCUAUCACCCUUUACACAAGCUCACCAAUGACCCUGCUGGAUACUGUUUCAUUAGGGUUGACAAAAAGGUGGCAGAAGAUGUUCUCAAGGAAAGGAGCUUAAUGGUCAAUAAUAUUAAGAUUUUUGCUGAGGUUUCUUCUCAGAGUGAAGUAAAACUUUCACCAAUGAUGUCCACCCAGCAGCCAAGAUCUAUACCAUCAUAUUCACCAAGCAGCUAUAACAAAUGCCAAGUGAUGUUUACAGAUGUACCUGAAAUGGCCUCAUAUGAUCUAAUAAAGGAGCACUUUCAGGACUUUGGCAGAUUACAGCAGGUCUUUUUGAGGAAUAGGCAAGGCUUUGUCAUCUUUUCCUCUCAAUACAGUCAGGAGCAAGCGCUGUCCACCAGACACACCAUCUUGGGGAAGGAAGUGAAGCUGUUUAGAGGAUCAUUGGUUCCUUGAGCAACAAGAGAAACUGUUCAACUCAGCAUCCUAAGACCUUAAUGUGUAGCCACAGAGAAGUUUCAGAGGUGUGUCAAACAUCUCAAAGUAUGGAAAUGAUUUUGGUUUCUUACUCUUAAAAAAAUAAGCA